AUGAAGAAAGCAACAGCACUGGUGCUGCUAAUUUUCCUAACAGUUCAGCUCUUUGUUCAGCCAAGCUUCCAGGCUGACCUGACUUGUGGUGAAGUGGUCAUGACAUUGCACAAAUGCGUGUCUUACAUGACUGGAAGUGAGAGUGCGCCUUCCCCUGAUUGCUGUGAGGGCCUUCAACGCCUUCGCAGCUUGCUGAUAACUCAUGAGGACAAGGAGCUGGCAUGUACCUGCAUCCGACAUGCAACACGGCGCAUCCACAACCUCAAGGAAGCUGCUGUUAAAGAGCUCCCAAGCACAUGCCAUGUCGAGUUGCCAUUCGCGCUCUCUACCUAUAUGGACUGCAAUAGGUGA